UCUCACAGUCGUCGUUGCUUGUCAAACAGAAGUACACUACACCUGUAGGCCUACAACUGAGAAGACAACAAAAAAAAAAACUUUUGUAUCUUUUAGUUGCCUUUUAUCACCCCUCAUCAGCUUACCUCAGUUCACCCAUCAGAGCUGUAAGGAGCUGAAUUUACUUUGAGAGUGGUGAAAAAGAGAGAUUAGAGAAACAGAGGAGGGCGUGACAGUGAGCCAGCGAGCAGUCAAGCUGCUACUGCAAGGAGAGGAAGAGCAGGCUAUGCACCAGCCAAAGCCAGAGGUCAAGAAAAAAAGAGACAGGAUAGUGAAAAGGUAGACUUUGAGGGAGCAGGAGGUCAUUUGUGAUCUUUGACACAAAAAACAGGACACCAGCCUCUCUUUGUUGUUGCGUGGGCCACCGCGUGAGGAGGAUGUGAGGGAGUGCAAGAGAAAGCACAGGAGGCAACUGCAAGAAAGAAAGACAAGAACAUGCUCUCAGAGAUGAUGUGCAGGAGGAGAUGCCAGCAGCAGCAUCAGGAUGGACAAGAGGCUCUGCAGAGAGACGCUGCCAGCCGCAGGAAGCACGGCUGGUCCAAGAGCUGCAAGGGGCGGAGGACAGUGGGGGGAGGGUGGUCAGGAGGGGGCAAUCAUCAUCAUCACCACCACCAGCACCCACAACAUAAUCAUCAACAUCAUCCCCUACACCUUCAGAGGCCAGUGAUGUCACUCCGGCCUAUCAACCUCAAGGGGAACAGGGUGAGGGGAAUGCGGGCCCCGAAGAACACCAACCAGUUUCUGAUGCACGAGAAGUAUCAGAUGCUGCACAUGCGCUCAGAUUCAGUGGGGAGCGACAGUGGCAGCAGCUCAGACAGCGACACAGAGCUCACCGACAUGGACUCGUACCUGGGGGUCCUGGAGAAUGCCAGAGGAGCUCUUCUGGACAGUCCCAACCCACACGGCUCAACAACGCCACCGGGGCAGUUUCUGGUACUGCACGAGGACAGUCUACAUCUACAUGAGGACAAUCUGCAUUUGCAGGAGGACAGUCCAUGUCUGCCUGAGGACAGCAUGCAGUAUUUCCCCUCCGAGGACGACCUGAUGCAGAGCCAGAAUUUCAUGCAGAGGGAUUUUGUUGAGUUCUGUGACAUCCUGAAGGGAAACUUUCAGGGAGCCAUUUUGUUCCCUGCAGUGUGAGACUCAAAACUGAAGGGUGCCAGGUUUGUUCAACUACAUGUUCACAACAAGUUGAUGAAUUUCCAUCAUGUUCAGUCAAUUUAGCCUUAAACGCUGAAGUGUGUGUCUACAGACUGAGUUCACUGUAUUUAGCAGGAACUAACCUGCACUUACAUGUCUUACUGUGUCUUUUCAGACACUGGCACUGAUGUCCUAUUGAAAGUGCACAGAAAGUGGACUUAUCUCACCACGUUAACAUUUUU